AUGAAGGCUCCUUACUCCUUGUCCUGCCUCCUCCUCUUCAGCUUGGGAGCCUGCGUCCCUCCCGACGACAGAAAGGAGACGGGAGAGCCAGGGGACGGGGUCCGGUUUGAGACAAGCUGGCAGGGAACGGCAGACGGCGCCUCUCCGAGCGACCUGUGGAGGGAAGAGCUGAGGCAGCGGAGAUUUGAAGACCUCAGCUCCCUGUUCAGCGUGGCCAAGGAGCUCCAGGGCUUUGGCAAGGAGAGGGCAGGCUUCAGGUUCGGGAGGCAGGAGAGUCGGGAAGAGGAAGGCGAAGGGGUCGGUUUCCUGCGGGGGGACGGCGAGAAGCGCAGCGGCACCCUGGGGAACCUGGCGGAGGAGCUCAAUGGCUACAACAGGAAGAAAGGGGGAUUCAGCUUCCGCUUUGGCAGAAGAUGA